GGGGAAAUAAGAAAGCCAAUUUUUCUCUUUCCGUCACGCGUUUACGGAAGCCCAACUGGUACACGGCCCAGUCACUUCCUCCCUCUUUCUUCUUUCUCAUACAAAAGAAGACCGCGUCCAUCAUCAACUACGUCGUUGACUAAUCUCGCUCUCAAGCCACCAGAAGAAGAAGGCCACCACCCUCUCCUUCUUCUUCUCAUCUCCAAAUCUUCGUUUCCGCAUUCAGUCUCUCUCCAUUUCUUCUCAUCAAUCCGAUCGACACUCCGGUAAACGAUGAACGACCUGUUUUCCGGCUCCUUCUCCAGGUUCCGCAGCGAGCCCGACAACAACGACGAGCACGUCAUCGAGAUGUCGUCGGCGGCGGCGUCCGGCACCGGCGCCGGAGUCAACCUCGACAAGUUCUUCGGCGACGUCGAGUCCGUCAAGGACGAGCUCAAGGAGCUGGAGCGCAUCCACCAGAACCUCCAGUCCGCUCACGAGCAGAGCAAGACUCUUCACAACGCCAACACCGUCAAGGACCUCCGAUCUCGCAUGGACGCUGACGUCACUCUCGCUCUCAAGAAGGCGAAGGUGAUCAAGGUCCGCCUGGAGGCGCUGGACCGGUCCAACGCCGCGAACAGGAGCCUGCCGGGCUGCGGGCCGGGGUCGUCGUCGGACCGGACCAGGAUCUCCGUCGUCAACGGGCUGAGGAAGAAGCUCAAGGACUCCAUGGACAGCUUCAACUCCCUCCGCCAGAAGAUCUCGCUCGAGUACAGAGAGACCGUCCAGCGCCGGUACUACACCGUCUCCGGUGAGAAUCCCGACGAGAAGACGCUCGACCUCCUCAUCUCCACAGGGCAGAGCGAAACGUUUCUGCAGAAGGCGAUCCAGGAGCAAGGGCGGGGGCAGGUGCUGGACACGAUCAACGAGAUCCAGGAGCGGCACGACGCCGUGAAGGACAUGGAGAAGAAUCUGCACGAGCUGCACCAGGUGUUCCUGGACAUGGCGGUGCUGGUCCAAGCCCAGGGGGAGCAGCUCGACGACAUCGAGAGCCACGUGCAGCGAGCCAGCUCCUUCGUCAGGGGUGGGACGCAGCAGCUGGGGAAGGCCAGGGUGUACCAGAAGAACACCCGAAAAUGGACUUGCUUUCUGAUCAUACUAUUGCUUGUGAUUGCUUUGAUUAUCAUUUUGAGUUUGAAGCCGUGGAAUUGGGGCGGCGGAGGAGGAGGCAAUAACCCCACGCCAGCACCACCAUCGCCGGCAUAGACGAGUGUUGUUCAUACUAUUAUUGAUUCUGCUUACAUGGUACUAGUAGUAAUGUGAGUUAUUUUACGUACUAUAUUUUUUGAACUGGGAUUCUUGAAUUUUGUAUGUAAUUAGAUUGCAACCCUGUUCGGGUUGCUUUGCCUUUUUGCAAUCUUUCACCAUGCACCUUCUUUUUCA